AGCUCCUCAGCCUGCAGCGUCUGUGGCGGCCCGGGGGAAAGGGAGACUGCUGCGGUCCCCCGGGAGAGUGGUGCUCCUGGACGGUGAGAUGCUCUGCGUCGCUAUGGGGGCAGCUGGCCGGCUUCCUAGAGUAGCAGUAUAGGCGGGCACUUCCUCUGCACGCUCCUUCCCCUUCCCCUGCUCCAGCCAUGUGUCCUGCCUUCGAGGUGGGCCUGGUAUUUGCAGGCUGCUGCAGUAACGUGUUCUUCCUAGAGCUCCUGGCCCGGAAGCACCCAGGAUGUGGGAACAUCGUGACAUUUGCACAGUUUUUAUUCAUUGCUGUGGAAGGCUUCCUCUUUGAAGCUGAUUUAGGAAGGAAGCCACCAGCUAUCCCCAUAAGGAACUAUGUGAUAAUGGUAACCAUGUUCUUCACCGUCAGCGUGAACAACUAUGCCCUGAAUCUCAACAUUGCCAUGCCUCUGCAUAUGAUAUUCAGAUGUGGUUCUCUAAUUGCUAACAUGAUUCUAGGAAUUAUCAUCUUGAAGAAAAGAUACAGUAUAUUCAAAUACACCUCCAUUGCCCUGGUGUCUGUGGGGAUAUUUAUUUGCACUUUCAUGUCAGCAAAACAGGUGACUUCCCAGUCCAGCUCAAGUGAGAAUGAUGGAUUCCAGGCAUUUGCGUGGUGGUUACUAGGUACUGGAGCACUGACUUUUGCUCUUCUGAUGUCAGCAAGGAUGGGUAUAUUCCAAGAGACUCUAUACAAACAAUCUGGGAAACAUUCCAAGGAGGCUUUGUUUUAUAAUCAUGCCCUUCCACUUCCUGGCUUCAUCUUCUUGGCUUCUGAUAUUUUUGACCAUGCAGUUCUAUUCAAUAAGUCUGAGUUAUACCAAGUUCCAGUCCUUGGUAUGACAAUGCCCAUCAUGUGGUUCUACCUCCUCAUGAACGUCAUCACUCAGUACGUCUGCAUCUGGGGCUUGUUCAUCCUCACCACCGAGUGUGCCUCCCUCACCGUCACGCUCGUGGUGACCCUGCGCAAGUUUGUGAGCCUCAUCUUCUCCAUCCUGUACUUCCAGAACCCUUUCACUCUGUGGCACUGGCUGGGCACUUUGUUUGUCUUUAUUGGGACCUUAAUGUACACAGAGGUGUGGAACAACCUGGGGACCACAAAACGUCAGCCUCAGAAAGAUGACAAGCAGAACUGAGGUCUGCCUGCAAGAGAGAGCAGUGCUGCAGGGAGGGAGG